CGCCGGCGACACCCGUAUCGCAUUAAAAGGCGAAAGUUAAAUAAUUAUCGUAAUCUAUUGUAAUUUUAUGGUGUCGUAUAUAAACGCGUGAAUGUCAUUUACUUGGGUGCUUUGACUGCUUCAUCGACUGAAGAAAACGUUUAUUUUAUUUUGCAAGACAUUAAUAUGGCUAAACUGAUAAACCUAGUGACAGUUUUAUUACAUUAAAUUACGCAUUUUGGGUCAUUUUCUCGUUCUUGAGGUGGAAGUGACAAUACAUGAGUCAUACACUCAAAGGAUCAAGAACACUUGAUAAAACAGUCGAGAAAUCUUUAGUACCUCUGUCAUACUUAUAAACAAAUACCCUUGAAACAUGAUUACCGACGAUACGUCUAAAAGGCAUUGAAUUUCUUAGAAUCACAGUCUCACGAACAAGUGUGUCGUGAAUGGUCAUCGAAUUAGAAUGAACGGUCCAGUGGACCAAGAGGACUGACGGAUUGUUCUUUACUUGAAGGAGAUACAGAAUUACAAUGAAUACAAUCAGUGUGACUCCUGUGGUAACGUGUCCCGAACAAUGAGAAACAAAUUGACCGUAACUCCGUUUUUUGUGAAAUAAGUUAAAACAUUGCUUUGUUUUCGUGUCAAGAAAAUAAGAUUUAAAACUUGAGAUUCAGUGUAAUAGUAUCCAUCACACUAUUUAGUAACGUUACUAAGACAAGGUGCUGUCAAAAAUAAGCUCGCGGUAUCACAAACACAACUAAAAAUACUCAAACUCCUUGCAGUCUGCGACUGGCCGGACACGCCGACAACGCUCAGUGAUACAAAAAUAAAACCAGACAGGUCAAUGACGUUUGACCUGUUAUCCAAUAAAUAAAAUAACUACAUAAAAUACAAUACAAUGGACAUAAACGAGGACAAGAUCAAGGAGGAAGUGAGCAGCUUCGUAUCCUCACUGCAAAGACUGCUUCCAAAGAAAAAGGAAAUCAUCGUCGUAGAACCACAGAGAGCGAAACUGACGAAGCUAUGUGACGUUCACGCCGAGGCAAAAAAUGCCUUUCCGAAGUGCUUUGUAGGUGCCAAACUGAUCGUCCUCAGAGAAAUCCUGGAUAAGGUCAAACUCGUUCAACAGUACAGCUUUGGGAAGUCGCGGGAGUCCUAUAAGUGUUUCACGCAGCUAAUUCACAAGGAAAUGGAGCCGAAGAACACAGACGAAGGCCUGCUGAUCGACGCCGCGGGCUCCGCGAGCGCCACGUACAAGGAGGUGCUGGACGGAGCGUACGAGAUGCGGCUCACGUCGAGAAUCAGGGACCUGGUGUCUUCAGAAACUGAGAUUGUCUUCGAGAAGGAAAAUGACAAGUCGCUUGGAUCAAUCUCAUGUUCAGUGCGAGAUGUGGACCCCAACACUCUGCGCAUGGUGACGCAGUGGAUGUACAAGAUCCUGCCCGAGUUUUGCUUCGGCACGGAGAUCGGUUUCAAGCCGCUGGCGUAUCCACCGACCCCAGACUUUUCGAUCAGCGCCCGGUACGAGAGACCUACCUUCAUAUUAUCUUCAACGGCCAGCAAGAUUGGUUUCCAGGUGUGCCUUUAUAAACAAUUCUCCCCGGAUUUGCGAUUAGGGACUAUAAUAACAGAGGGUUGCCGAGGAGGGCAAACUACUUUUAGUUUGGCACUGCAUAAAAAUUACCAGAAUGGAUCGGAGUUGAAAAUAUUUGUGGACUCCCAGCGUUGUGGUGGCUUCACCUUCCAGAAAGACGUGUUGUUCUACGAGCCGCACAACGAGGUCCGCGUCCUGCGCAUCAUCGGAAGCACUCUCAUCGAUAGACAAAGGCGGGUACGAUUCGGGGUUGGAUUCAAUCUGGACUUUUAACGUGUUUACAGUGAGUUGCAUGCUUGUUUACACCCUGCACUGGAUAAAUUGGCCGUUCGUGUGGUGGGCUUACAUUUUUUUGUAGAAUUAUUCGUUUGUAUAUAAGUAUACAUAGGUUUUAGUUAUUGUUUUAUCUUAUUAAAGUUUGUUCCGCUACGUAAUUUAAAAUUUGAAUU